UGUGUUUUUCUGUUGUUUGUUCGUUCUUUCUUCCUGGUGUUGUUGUUCUGGUCUGUUUGUCGUGGUGUGGUCUUUGUCGUUCUGUUCUGUGGUGUGGUGUUGUUCGUUGUGGGUGUGUGUGUUGUGGUGUUCGUCGUUUGGUGUUCUCGUUGUGGAUGUGUUGUUGUUGGUUGUGAUGUUGUCGUUGUUCUGGUCGUGUUUGUUGUUGUUCUUGUUUGUUCAUUCGUGUGUGUUCUGUUGUUUUCGCUGUUGUUGUUGUUCGUUCUUUGUGUUGUCGUUGUUUGUGUGUGGUGUGUUGUUCGUUCGUGUGUGUUGUUCGAUCGGUUGCGUAUUUCGGUGUUGUUGGUUGUGUGUUUGUGUGUGGUGGUGUUUUCUGUUGGUUCGUUCUGGUGGUGUUUGUUUCAUCUGUUUCGUUGUGUUCGUUGUUCUUGUUGUUUCGUCUGUGUGUGUUCUUGUUGCGUUGUUGUUCGGGUGCGGUGGAUCUGGUGUUGUCAUUGUUGCGUGUUAUCCGGUGUUGUGUUGUGUGUUCUUCGUUGUUUCGUGUGUGGGUGGUGUGGUGUUGUUGUUUGGUUGUGGCGUUGUUCUUGUUGGAUGUUUUCUUGUUGUUCUGUGGUUGUUGUUCGUUUCUGUUGUUGUUCUUGUGUUCUUCAUUCUGGUGUGUGUGUUGUUGUGUCUGGUUCUUCGUUCAUUGUUGUUUCGUGUUGUGGUGGUUCUGGUGUUGUUCAUUGGUGUUGUUCUUGUUCGUUCGUGUUCUUUGUUCUUGUUGUGUUGUUGUGGUGUUCGUUGUUCGGGUUGUUCGUCUUCUGUGUUGUUCUGGUUCGUUGUGUUCUGGUUGUCGUUCGGUCAUUGUGGUCGUUGUUCCGUUUGGUUGUGUUGGUUGGUUGUUCGUUCUUGUUCGGUGUUCUGUUGUUCGUUGUUGUGGUUGGUUCAGUCUUGUUCUGGUUCUGUCGUGUGAUGUGUGUUGUUGUGGUUGUGUGUUGUUUGUGUUCUGGUUGUGUUGUGUCGUGUGUUGUUUGUUCGUCGUUCUGGUUCUGUUUGUUCGUGUGGGUUCUGUUGUGUGUGGUGUGAUGUUCGUUGUUCGUCGUUCUGUUCUGUUCUGUGGUGUUCGUUCUCGUUCUCGUUGUUCAUUGUGGUUGUUCGGUGUCUGUUGUUGGUUCGUUCGUGUGUUGUUGUUCGUUGUCGUUCGUUUUGUUGUGUUGUCGUGUCGUUCGUUCGUUGUUCUGUGUUCGUUGUUCGUUCGUGUGUGGUGUGUUGUUGGUUCUGUUCUGUUGGUUGUUCGUCGCGUUGUUCUUCUCGUUCAUUCUGUUGUUGUUGGUUGUUCGGUUCGUGUUGUGUUGUUCGUUUGUUGUUGUUGUGGUUUGUUUCUGUUCGUGUGUGGUGUUCUGGUUCGGUCAUUCGUGUUCGUUCGGUUGGUUCUGUGUUGUUGUGGACCGUGUGUUGUUCUGUUCGUGGUGGACGCUUCAGUGUGGUUCUCGUUGGUGUUGUUGCGGUUGUCGUUCUGGUUCGGUUUCGGUUUGUGUGGUGGUUCGUGGUUGUUCGUUGUGGUGAUGUUCGUGUUCGUGUGGUUCGUCGUUCUUGUUGUGUUCUGAUGUUGUGUUGGUGGUUCGUGGUUGUUGUUCGUCGUCAUCGUUCGUCUGGUGUGGUUCGUGUGUGUCGGGUGAUGUUCUGUUCGUUCGGUUCGUUGUUCGUUCUGUUGGUUCGUUGUUGUUGUUGUGUUCGUUGGGUUCGUUGUGUUCAUUGUUCGUUCUUGUUGUUCGUUCUUCUGUGUGUUGUUCGUUCGUUCUGUGGUGUGUGUUCUGUGUGUUCGUUGUUGUGUUGUUCUGGUGUUCGUUCGUUGCGGUGUUGUUCGUUGUUGGUGUUCGUGGUGUUCGUUGUGGUCCCGUUUCUGUGUGGUUGUGUUGGUUGAUCUGGGUUCGUUGUCAUUCGUGGUGUGGUCGUGGUUGUGUUCUGGUUGUUCUGUUGUUGUUGUUGGUCUGUUGUUCGUUGUUCAUUCGUUGGUCUGUGUGUGUGUUCGUUCUGGUUCUGUUCGGUCGUUCGUUGCGUCAUGUGUUGGUCGUGUCGUGGUCGUGUUGUUGUUCGGUGUGUGUUCGUCGGUUGUGUGUUCGUGUUCAUUGUUCUGGUGUUGCGUGGUGUGCGUCGUUCGGUUGUCUCUGGUUCGUUCUGUUGGUGCGUGUGUGGUGGUUGUUCUGGGUUUCGUGUUCGUGUUGUGUGCUGUUCGGUGUGGUGUGUUUUGUUCGUCGGUGUUUUCGUUGUGGGCUGUGUGCGUUGUUCGUGUGUGUGUGCGUCGUUCGUUCGUUCGUUCGUUUGGUGUGCGUUCGUUGGUUGUGUCGUUCAAUUGUUCGUUGUCGGUGGUUCGUUCGGUUGUGUGGUUCGUGUGUUCGUUCGUUCGUCUGGUUGUGUUCGUUCUUUGUUCGUGUUCCGUUCGUUCGUUGUUCGUUCACGUUGGGUUCGUUCUGGUGUGCGUCGUGUUCGUUGGUUCUUGUUGUCGGGUCUGGGUUGUUCGUCGUUCGUUGUUGUUCGAUCGUUGUCGUUCGGUGUUCGUUCUUGUUCUUGUGGUGUCGUUUCGAUUGCGUUCUGUUCGUUGUUCGUUCGUUGGUUCGUUUGUGGUUGUUUGUUGGUUGUUGUGCCUGUGUCCAUUUGUUGUUGUUGUUGUUGUUCUGGUUCCGUUCUGGUUGUGAUCGUUCUGUUGUGUUGUUGUUCGUUCGGUGGUUCGUUCGUGUUCGUUCUUCGUCGUUCGUUGGUGUUCGUUUCGUGGGUGUUCGUGUGUUGUGUUGUUGUUCGUCGGUGUGGCAUUGUUGUUCGUUCGUUGGUUGUUCGUUCUGUGUGUGUGUGUGGUGUUCGUCUGGUUCGUUUGGUUCGCCGUGGUGUCGUCUCUGGGUUCGUUGUUCGUUCGUGCCGUUGGUUCUGUUCGUUCUGGCGUUCUCGUCGUUGUAUUGCGGUGUUUUCUGUUGUUGUGUGUUGGUGGGUGUGGGUUGUGUGUUGGUGUUCGUUGGUCUGGGUUCGUUCGUUUGUGGUGGUUCUGUUGUUGUGUGUUCUGGUGGUUGUUUGGUUGGUUCGUUCGUUGUUCGUUGGAUGGUUGUGUGGUUGUUGUUGUUCUUCUUUCUGGUUGUUCAUUCGGUUCGUUCGGUUGGGUUGGUUGUGUUCGUUCGUGUUGUGUGUGUUGGGCCGUUCUGUUGCUGGUUGUUGGUGGCGGUUCCUUCUGUUGGUGUUCGUUCGUUCGUGUGUUCGUCGUGUUCUUCGUUGUUCUGUCGACGUGGUUCUGGUGGUGCGUGGUUGUGUUUGUGUUGUUCUUCGUUCGUUGUUGUGAUCGUUUGUUCGUUGUUGGUUCUGGUUUUCGUGUGGUUGGUGUCGUGUUGUUCCGUCGUGGUCGUUGGUCGUGUUCUUGUUCGUUCGUUGUUCUGGUUGUGGACCGUGGGUUCGUGUGUGUGUGUGGUUCUUGUUGUUCUGGUGUCUGGUGGUGGGUGUCGGUCUGUUGUUCUGCUGUUCUCUGUGGUGUGUGUGGGUGGUUCAGUGGUGGGUGGUGUCGGUUUCUGGUGUUCGUUCUGUUGGGUUCGUGUGGUUGUUCUGUGUUCGUCGGUGUUCGUGUGUGUUGUUUGUUCUGUGUGGUUCUACAUUCGUUGUUCGUUGUUGUGUUCGGUGUGUGGUGGCGUUGUUGUUGUGGGUAUUCCGUGUUUGGACUGUUGUUCAUUCUGGUGGCGUUCGGUUCGUUGUUGUUCGUUCUGGUGUGUUCGUGUUGUUGUACGUUCGUGGUUGUGUGUGCAAUCGGUGGUUCUGUUCGUUCUGGUGUGUGGUGGUUCAUUCCAUUAUUCUUCCGUUGUUGCGUUUCGUUCAUUUCGUUGUUCGUUGUCGUGUGGUUCUGUGUGUGUGGUUCGUUGCGUUCGUCCAUUCGUUGUUCGUGUUCGUGUGUGGUUCUGGUUCGUUCGUUGUGCCGUUUGUGUGGUCGCGUGCGUUCAUGUGGUGGUUCUGUUUCGUGUCGCACCGUUGACCGUCGUUGUUGUUGGGCGUGGGUGGGGUUCUGAUCGUUCGUUCGUUCUGGGUUCGUUGCCGGUGGUUGCUCUGGCGUUCUUGUGGUGUGUGGUUCCGGUUGUGGUUCGGUGCUGUUCAGUUGUGUCGUUCGUUGUUGGUUGGAUGUUCGUGUGUUGUCUUGUUCGCGUGUGGUGUUCGUGUCGUUCGUUGUUCGUGUGCUGGUGGUUGGGCGUUGUCGUUUCUUCGUUCGGUUGGUGCAGGUGGUUGUGUGGUUCUGGUGGUUCUUUUCGUUCGCCCGGUGGGGGAUAUUCGUUGUGUUCUUUUGCGUUGGUGUGGUGUUUUGUUACGUUUGCCGUUCGUGGUGGGUCUGUGUUGUUCGUUCCGUUGUUCGGUGGUGUGCCGUUCGUUGUUCUUCGUGUCUGUGUUGGUUCUGGACUGCGUUGUUCUUGGUCUUCGGUGGUUCUUCGUGUCGUUCAUGGUUGGUGUUCAGUUCGGUUCGUUUCCGGUGGUGUCGUUGUUCGUUGUGUUCGGUGUUAUGGAUCUGUGGGUUCUGCGUCGUGUGUGGUCGUUCGUCGGUUGGUUCGUUCGUUUUGGUAUGGUCUCGUUGUCGGUGCCGGUGGCGGUCGUUGUUUUCGUUCUGUGUCGUUCAGGUUUUUGUUCGUGUGUCGGUGUCGUUGCCGGUGGAUCACUGUUCUCGGGUUGUCGUCGGUGUUCGUGUCCUUGGUGGUCGUACCAUUGUUUGUGUGGUUCGGUGGUGGUUCGGUGGUGUUGUGUGUGGUUCGUGCUCGUUCUGAUAUCUCCUCAUUUUUCUGUUGUUGUGCCUCGCCAUUGUUGUUGCGCGUGUUCUGUUGUUCUCUUGUGUGCAGUUUCUCGUCAUGGGUUCUUCGGUUGCCUGCUGUGUGGUUUCGUUGGUUGUUCGUGGCAGGCGGACGGGACGCGUGCUGUUGGUUCGUCUUCGUUGUUGUUCAUGGUUGUUUCUUGUGUGUUCGAUAUAGUGUUCUGGUGCGUUCAGGUUGUUCGUUGGUGUGUGCCGUUGUUGCCGGUUGGUUGUCUCGUUCUGUGGUGGUUCGUUCUGGCUGGUGUCGUUGUUGUGUCUUCGUGUGUGUUGAUCCUGGU